GGGCUACGCAUGUUUGCCUUGCGCUCCAAGAUGAUACCGGGCGUCAUCGUCGGUUUCAACUGUACCAACUUCACCAUGUAUGCAUCACCGUUCAUAUAUGGGUGGGGCAGUGCCGAAUCAGGACUGCAACGCAACCGAGAAGGAGAUACAAAACAGGCACCGGAACCGGUGUCGAUUUCCAGCUACAUUACGGCUCACGAGAAAUGCUCAGUUUGCACAUGUCUUCAGCAUGCUCGCUGUGAUGUGCUUCCGGGCUCUAUGAGCUGCUCCCAAUGCGUUGACUUGGGCGUCCAGAUACUGUGUACCGUGACCCAACCAUCGAGGGCACGCAUGUGGCAGCGCGUCAAGAGUGAACCAGCCUACUACCUCAGCCACCACUUCAUGGCCAAUCUGCAAUUGGUUUUACACGCAUGGGAAGCCCAGCGCGCGCGCCAUGCGCACGCUUAUGAACACUUUCACCACACAGUAUACCCGCGUCUUUCCAAUCCGCUCUCGCCGCUCUACGAGAGCGAUAAGACGGAGUAUCUUGAGAUUUACUAUAGUUGGAGAGCGGUCAAAACAAUGACGCUCAUGCUAUACGCAUACGAUGGAAGUUACAGGCGCUUGUUACAACGGCUCAGAGAGCAGCGCGCACGUCAGGAGGCACGUUCGAGACUUCGCGUAUGGUCUUACUAGUAGAGUACAUACUUCUUCUUGUGGAAUCCAAAUCAAGAUCAUGUGCGUCUA